GGAUUGGUUCUGGUUGGGAUUUCGGUCAAAAAGAAACACUAGCGCUUGAGGACAGAGUCGCCGGAGGGGGGGUGGGGGGAGGUCGGCGUGGGCGACUCGAGCUUCGGUACAUCAAUAUACGGCUUUCAAUUCUUCAUCCAGUUCGUAGAAAUCUAAUUUUCCUUUAGAAUAAUCGCAGCUCUGAGGGCCAUGUGUUGGUGGUUUGUGUUGAGUUGCUGUUAAAAUCAUCGUUUUGGCACACCAUCGUUAGGGAUUUUGUGGGUUGUUACUUGGAAAGGAUGGACUUGGUUGCUAAUUGCAAGGAUAAAUUGGCUUAUUUUCGAAUAAAAGAGCUCAAGGAUAUUCUCACUCAACUAGGUCUCUCAAAGCAAGGAAAGAAGCAGGACCUCAUUGAGCGGAUACUUGCCAUCCUUUCUGAUGAACAAGUUUCAAAAAUGUGGGCAAAGAAAAAUGCUGUUGGAAAGGAUCAAGUGGCUAAACUUGUUGAUGAUACAUAUAGAAAAAUGCAGGUUUCUGGGGCCACGGAUUUAGCAUCUAAGGGUCAAGGUGUCUCUGACAGUAGUAACAUGCAGGUUAAAGGCAAAACAGAAGAUUCUUUGCAAUUAGAUAUGAAGGUUCGGUGUCUUUGUGGAAAUGCCUUACAAACAGAAUCGAUGAUUAAGUGUGAGGAUCCACGGUGCCAAGUGUGGCAGCACAUUAGUUGUGUUAUAGUUCCUGAGAAACUUACGGAAAGCAAUCCACCAUGCCCUGAACACUUUUAUUGUGAGAUCUGUCGUCUCAAUCGUGCUGACCCUUUUUGGGUUUCAGUUGCACAUCCUCUGUUUCCUGCAAAGCUGAUUACCACAUCCUCAAACAUUCCAACGGAUGGUACAAAUCCCAUGCAGAGUCUGGAUAGAACGUUUCAACUCACAAGGGCCGAUAAGGACUUACUUUCUAAACAGGAAUAUGAUGUUCAGGCCUGGUGUAUGCUUUUGAACGACAAGGUUCCAUUCAGGAUGCAAUGGCCUCAGUACGCAGAGUUACAAAUUAAUGGUUUGGCUGUUCGUGCCAUUAAUAGGCCCGGCUCUCAACUUUUGGGGGCCAAUGGUCGUGAUGAUGGUCCAAUUAUCACACCGUGCACAAAAGAUGGAAUGAAUAAGAUGACAUUAACAGGAUGUGAUACUCGUACUUUUUGUUUAGGGGUUCGAAUUGUGAAACGGCGCACUGUUCAACAGAUUCUAGCCAUGAUUCCCAAGGAGUCUGACGGUGAAUGUUUUCAAGAUGCUCUUGCCCGUGUUUGCCGUUGCAUUUUUGGUGGGAACACUGCAGAUAAUGCUGAUAGUGACAGUGACGUGGAGGUUGUUGCAGACUUUUUUGGGGUUAAUCUACGCUGUCCUAUGAGUGGUUCAAGAAUGAAGAUUGCUGGACGGUUUAAACCUUGUGCUCACAUGGGCUGCUUUGAUCUUGAAGUGUUUGUAGAAAUGAAUCAACGCUCAAGGAAGUGGCAGUGCCCAAUCUGUCUGAAGAACUAUGCGCUGGAGAAUGUUAUCAUAGACCCUUAUUUCAACCGUAUAACAUCUAUGAUGAGACAUUGUGGAGAAGAUGUUACAGAAAUUGACGUUAAGCCUGAUGGUUCCUGGCGUGUGAGAUCUAAAACUGAAAGCGAGCGCAGGGAUCUUGGUGAUCUUUGGCUGUGGCACUCCCCUGACGGUACUUCGUGUGUUAGUAAUGAAGAAGUUAAACCAAAGAUGGAAGCAUCAAAGCAGAUAAAGCAUGAAGAUGGAUUAGAGCGUGGUCUGAAACUUGGCAUCAGGAGGAAUAGUAAUGGGUUUUGGGAAGUCAGCAGACCUGAAGAUAUCAAUACUUUCUCUGGUAAUAGAUUGGGGGAGAAUUAUGAGAACCAUGACCACAAGAUUAUCCCAAUGAGCAGCAGUGCCACUGACAGUAGGGAUGGUGAAGAUCCAAGUGUAAACCAGGGUGGUGUAAACUUGGAUUUCUCUAAUAAUAAUGGGAUUGAGAUGGAUUCUCUUUCCUUACAUGUUGACUCAGCAUAUGGAUUUACCGAACAAAAUCCUAUUGCUCCAGCUGGUGAUGUCAUUGUUCUAAGUGAUUCAGAUGAAGAUAAUGACAUUUUAGUUACGUCUGGAACUGUUUAUCAGACUAACCAUACAGAUGCAGAUGAGGUUCCUUUCUCCAUGCCAGCUCCUGGACACAGAGAUACAUAUCCCGAUGAUCCAACUCUAUUAUCUUCUGGAAAUUCAUGCUUGGGUCUUUUUAAUGCCCACGAUGAGGUUGAUUUUGGAAUGUCUUGGUCAUUACCUCCUGGAACACAAGGAGGUGCUGGGUUCCAAUUGUUUAGCAACAAUGCAGUUUUAUCAGAUGAUUUAGUUGACUUGCAGCAUAACUCCAUCAAUUGUUCCUCAAUGAAUGGCUAUGCAGUGGCCCCAGAGGCAGCUAUAAGUCCCACUUCUCUUGUUCCAGAUUCUUCAAUUGGUCGUACUGAUGGUACCAUGAAUGAUAGCUUGGUUGAUAAUCCAUUAGCUUUUGCUGGUGAUGAUCCAUCUCUUCAAAUAUUUCUUCCUACAAGGCCUUCAGAUGCGCCCAUGCAGUCUGAUUUCAGGGAUGAGGUUGAUGUAUCAAAUGGUGUUCAUACUGAUGAUUGGAUCUCUCUCAGGCUUGGGGGUGAUUUAGGUGGUAGCAAUGUGGAGUCAACAACCGCCAAGGGACUGAAUUCAAGACAGCAUAUUCCAUCAACUGGAGGCGAAAUCAAUUCAUUGUCUGGUACUGCUUCUCUGCUUCUUGGAAUGAAUGACGUUAGACAUGAGAAAGCAAGCCGGCAAAGAUCAGAUAGCCCAUUCUCCUUCCCUCGCCAGAAGCGUUCUGUCAGACAGCGGAUGUACCUUUCUAUAGACUCCGAUUCAGAGUAGGCUUUGUACCUUAGAUGACCAAGAAUUAUUGCUGCUCUUAUUUGAUUUCUUUCUGGGGACAGGCAAGCUCGUAAAUAUUCAUUUUGGUUCAUCUCUUCUUCAAACUUCAAGUAUGUUCCCCCAUAUUUUAUGGGUAAGAAAGUUGAUAAACGAGCAAUCGCAAGGACCAAAUGGAUAAUGGAUAUUAUACAACACCACCCAACUCUCUUCAAUUCUGAUUGUUGGUGACGCCAAAGGCCUAAUGUGAUAGAGGAUGACAGGAUGGUCGGACGACUUGUGUGCCUGUAGUUCCAGUGCGGGUGAAACUGUACAGAGAGAGAUGGUCAUGAAUUGGGUAGUCAUGUAAUACAAUUUUUUUUUCCUUGACGAUGAGAGCAAUUAGCUGUAUAUAUAUCUUUGAUUGAGAUUUAGUUUAUUUAUAGAAAUUAAAUUUACACCAGAAAGAAAGUUUAAUGUUUAAUUGGCGUGACCGUUCUACAUAUCCUGUGGAAAGUGAACGAGUGGUUGCUUCCCAUCUUUCCUUGUUGCAACGCUUUCGAAAAGCACAACUUCAAAUACAUUGAUCAUUGCCAAUGAUAAUCAUUGAGAAA